AUGGAAGGUGAUAGUGAGAAAAGUGAUGAAAGUUGGCUUAAAUAUUUGAUAGAUGGAUCUGUAGAGGGAGAAGUUUCUAGCGGUGACAAUAUAACUGGUGGUGCAUCUGUACAUGAACAAGGUGAAUCAUCGUCGAGGAGGAAGAAAAACCAUAGGCAUAAUGCUGAUCAGAUUAAGGAGCUUGAAGCGUUUUACAAAAAGAAUCCAACCCCUAGCAAAAAAACACGACAAGAAAUUGCAACAAAAUUGUCCAUGGACUUCAACCAGGUGCAAAAUUGGUUCCAGAAUAAAAGAACCCAAAUGAAGUUGCAAUCGGAAUGGUAUGAAAAUAAGAUUAUGAAGCAAGAUAAUGACAAGCUUCGCGUAGAGCAUAGUGUAACAAAGGAAGCCCUGGAAAAUUCAAUCCGUGAGAAACAUAGUAAAGAAAAGGUUGAUGAGAAUCAAACAAAGAUUGAGCAUGAUCAAUUGGAAGAUGAAGUUAAGAGGCUUGCCUACAAAUUAAGCUUAUUUAAUAAAGUUGUAGCGCAUGAUAAUAUUGUGUUAUUGAAUCUUGGCUUGGAUGCCUUCAAUGAGCUUUUUAGGCUAUACGAAAAUGGUAACCCUCUUUGGAUUAGCAAAUUGGAUGGAAGUGGAGAAAUGCUAAAUAUUGAGGAAUAUGAUCGAUUAUUUAUCCCAUUAAUCGAUACAAAACCUGAAUAUUUUACAAUGGAAGGCACAAGGGCAUCAUGUAUAGUGGCUGACACCAGUAUGGCAUUGGUGAAUAUGCUGAUGGAUAAGAAUCAGUGGGUAGAUAUGUUUCCAUGCAUUGUUGGAAAAACAUAUGCUACUGAUGUGAUUUCAACUGGCAUGGCUGGAAAUAAGAGCACUUCUCUUCUAUUGAUUAAAACUGAAUUUCAAAUCAUUUCUGACCUAGUUUCUGUUCGCGAAGUUGAAUUUCUUCGCUUCUGUAAGAAACAUGCUGAAGAUGUCUGGGCUAUUGUUGAUGUAUCUAUCGACGAAAUUAAAAGUUGCCGCAGGCUCCCAUCUGGCUGUAUUUUACGAGAUAUGCCAGAUGGUUUUUGUAAGACCACCCACCCUCGCACCCCCUAUUACCACCUCAAAUUUAAGUUUGUUUUUUAA